UACACGUCAAAUGGUUGGUUACGAUUUUCGAUAAAAUGCUUGUAUUUCGUCACAAUAAGUGAAAAUUUACAACAAUUGGAAGCUAAAUAUUAGAAUUAUAGACACUGUAGAAAUAUUUGAAUGUGUAUAGGUAACUGCAAAAUCAUUCCUUAGCUAUAAAACUAAUGUGUUAGUAGGCUAAGCUUAUCACAAAAAAUGGGUGGCCUAUUUAGUUACUUCAGAGGGUUGCUAGGGGCGCGAGAAAUGAGGAUUUUGAUCCUCGGAUUGGACGGUGCCGGGAAGACGACCAUCCUGUACAAACUACAAGUGGGGGAGGUGGUCACCACCAUCCCUACCAUCGGAUUCAAUGUAGAACAAGUCACGUACAAGAACCUAAAGUUUCAAGUGUGGGAUUUGGGUGGGCAGACCAGUAUUAGGCCGUAUUGGAGAUGUUACUAUGGGAAUACAGAUGCAAUAAUUUAUGUGGUAGACUCCGCAGACAGAGAUCGAAUAGGAAUUUCCAAAGAUGAACUUGUGCAUAUGUUAAGAGAAGAAGAACUAGCAAACGCGAUUCUGGUGGUGUUAGCGAACAAGCAAGACAUGGCAGGGUGUCUGACGGUGGCUGAAGUGCACCAGGCCCUGGGACUGGACGCCCUGCGCGACCGCACCUUCCAGAUCUUCAAGACGUCAGCCGUGCGCGGGGAGGGGCUCGACCAGGCAAUGGACUGGCUCUCAAAUGCGCUGCAAGCUAGGAAAUAACAAUAAUCGGGGUUAUCUGAAGAAGGAAAGAGAGGCAAGAUUGGGCUGUACUGCGAGUGUAUAUGUGAGGAAGAGAUAACGAUAUAAAAAAUUAAGAUAGAUAGUCAUCUAUAACGCCAUUAGUUUUAGUGUACAGUGUCGCCGCCCCGCCGGACGCAGAAAUGUUAAGGGUUUUAAUCUAUAUACCUAUUUAAAUAUUAUAAAGAGGUUGUAUACCAUACAGUGACAGGUCUAGUAGUUCCAGAAUUUAUUUAACAAAAUAUAACUUACUGUUUCGGACUGUGCAUGUAUUUGAGACUUCGUAAAAUAAUACUAUAGAAUAAUGCAGUUAACGCACACAAAUAUCUGGCUCACAAUUUACUCCUAUGUAGAAAUCUAAUCUUAAAAAAAUCAAAUUACACAUGGAAACAUAAACAGCCUAUACAUGUCCCACUGCUGGGCACAGGCCUCCCCUCAAUAAACCGGAGAGGGUAUGGAGCAUACUCCACCACGCUGCUCCACUGCGGGUUAGUGAAGGUGAUUGGGCUAGUAGCCCGGGACCAACGGCUUAGCGUGCCUUCCGAAGUACGAAUUCAUCUUACUUUUUCGGACAAUCAGGUGAUUCAAGCCUACAAUGUCCGUACCAAACAAAGGACAGUCUCACAUAGUGAUUUCGACAAUGUCCCCAUCGAGAAUCGAACCUGGACCUCCAGAUCGUGAGCCCAACGCUCUAAGGUUAGGCCACGGAGGCUGUUACACAUGAGCAACUUUACAUUUAUGAAUUGAAUGAUGUAGUCAUAUUUGGUUUGCUAUGCUCUCUCCAACAUCUUUAAAAAUAAUUUACGGAUGGAAAGUAGUAUUUGUCUUUCAUAAAAUAGACAGCCAUAGUGCAAAUUAUGAUUUUAGUUAUAUUUUAUAUCAAAUGUUUCAUGUUUGAUCCGCUAGGUGUAUUUUACAUGAAACCGUGGCGCUAGUGGCAUUUGCAUUGUAUUAUCUUUGCCUACUUCAUAAAAUAGUUUGGAAUAAGGUACAAUUUUAUGAAUUUUAGAUUAUUGGAGCAAAUUCAAUGCAUUUAAAGUUGUGUUUUGUACUUGAAUAUUGUAACGCAGAACAUAGGCCGCUCAUUAGACAAACAGAUUAUUAAAUAGCGCAAAUGCAAAUGGUAUUUAUAUACUGUUAGAUUUAUUUAUCCAUCAAGUAUUUAGUACGUACAUUCGUUUUGGGGCCCGCGUUAUUAAUGAUAAGAGCGUAGCUAAUAGGCUACUUGACAACCUAGUCAAAUGGGAUACUUUUUGCAAAAUGUCAAAAGUUUUCUUUGGAGUUUGUAUGGAAAUACUGUGACGUUAUCAAUAAAAGCGGUCAAACGCCGUACUCAUUGUUGCUUAAUUCAUAAAUAAAAUUCGAAAAUAAGUCGAAAAGUAAUGAGAUUAAUUUUUAUCAUCUUAGACUGGCUUCCUAGAUUAACAUUUUUUAUUUAAUUUAUCUUUGACCUUAAAUACCCUAUUCAGAUCUAAAAAAAAGUGGUCAACUGUUUCUCCUAUUGCAAGUCAACAUUUUGUACUUAAAGUUACAGCCUAUGUUCUGUCUAUACAUUCAGUAAGAUUCACUCCUAGUAUAAGGAAUAAUGCAAUGAAAAUGUUGUAUAAUUUUAUUACGGUUCAUAUUCAUCUCAUGUAUUGUGUGAAUCUGUGAACGGUUCGGCGGCGACGCUUUUCAAAUUGUUUCGUAGAUCAGGGCGCGUGGCGACGGAUGCGUGGACAUAAGUUAUUAUAAUUAUUGAUAUAUAUUUUGUAUCAGUGACGUUCACCAAGCUAAUUUAUAUUCUAUUGCGGUAAGAGAGAAGAUUGUUCCAAAUACAUUAUCAUGUAUUAAAAAUUUGGACCAGU